AUGCUGUCGGUAGUACUGUCUCGACCAUCGAAAAAGAGAGCAAUUCAAGCACUCAUUAAUCAGUGUCAUGAUUUGCUUAACGUCCCUGGAUAUAUCUUCACAAGCAUCACUCAGAAACAAGGAAUUGCAGGCGAUGUGGUUAUGAAGGGUAAGGAGAAAAUGGUAUCUAAUCAUUCACGAGUCCCAUAUCAAAGAACUGGAAAACCCGAAGAGGUUGCAGAAGCAGUACUGUUCCUAGCCGAAAGCAGGACUCAUAAUAAUGAUCACGAUGAAGAAGGUGAUCAUAAGAAUGAUGAUUUUAAAAGUGAUGACAAUGAUAACGAUGACUCACUACAGACGACAAUGACUUCAUCCUCCAAGUCCUCUCUUCUUGAAACCUCGGCAUUUGAGAGUGAACGCAGUGGUUUACAAACCUCUCCAGUCGGUGAAACUGCGUGA